CAGUCAGUUGCUGACAUUCCAUCGAGAGAUGAGCGCGAGUAUACCGGUAACACUUGAAAAUUUUUUAACGUAGUAAUCUUUAAUUAUUGCCAAUGUGGGUUUAAUGUUGUGGAAAGACAUUAAACUGUGAAAACCUUAAGGCAUGUCAACAAAUGUGAAAAUCCUUUAAUUUUAUACAUAUGUCUAUGCAGAGAAAUUUGCUUAGUCAACACGUUAAUAUUUUUAACAAAUCCAAGAAAAUACUCCACUAAUAUUACAAAUGCAAAAGCGAAUAAAAGAAAAAGACUUCCUGUGAUCAUAUUCAAGACAUUCUAAUAAACAAACGGCCAUAUAUACAAAACCUUAAAAAGGAAAUAUGCAGGUCUCAGAAUAUUUGGUGUCGCUAUAUAUCGCAACAUGUGGACAAAAUGGGCCAGGACUUGGAGCGGAUGAAAAGGAAAUAAUAUUGCUAGUGUACAUUAUUUUGGAAGCUAGUAGCGGAAAGAUUAUUGGAACAAAGCAGCUUCUGGUGCGACCUGACGGUAGCUUUGCUAAUGAUCGUACAGUGUCCGGCUCAUCUGAUGCUUCAGUAGUCGUACGAGCGUCAUCGCCUGCUCUUGCCUCCCAGCAAGCUGAUGUCAUUAACAAUAACAACACUAGCGUUAGUAACUCAAACACAUUGUUGAAAAGUGCAUACAACAAUCCAAGUACAACUGUAAUUCAUAGUAGCAAUAAUAACUCGAUCACAAAUGGAUGUAGUAGUAGUAUUGUACCGGCAGAUUCGAUUACAACAACAGUUAACACAGCAUCCUUCUCCGAGACAAUUGAGCUUCCUUUAGCAGUUGCUCACUCUCAGGGAAAGCCCCUCCAGGAAGCAAUAGACGAGUUCGAUGAAUAUUUACGCUCUUUGACAUUAUACGGCGAUAAUAUCGAUAGUAUCAAUUUGAUUACUGACGGGCAACUUCCCUUGCGUCAGUGUCUUCAUCGGGAGGCCUGCGCCAAAAGCAUUCAGCUACCGAACUAUUACAACCGUUUCUGUGAUCUGCGCAAAGAAUUCCUCAAGUACAAGUCAGGUGACUUAUCACGCGCUUUGGUUCCCGUCAAAGACAUAAAAAAAAUACUCCAAAUACCAACAGCUGCGGCACCUCAAAGUAUUGGAGAGAUGAUGAAAGACCUAAAUAUUACUAAUAGUGAAGAACAGGAGUUCUAUGUUAAAGAAUCUCGUGAAAUGGUCUCGGUGAUACAAGUAAUGUUAAAAGGAGGACACAAAUUUAAAGCAAAUGAAAUAGUGACCCUAGUUCUGGAACCUGGAAUUUGCUCAAUUGACGACGACAUAGACGGUAAUUGUAUUGUACGCGCUCGAGGUUUACCUUGGCAGAGCAGUGAUCAGGAUAUAGCUAAAUUUUUUCGUGGUCUGAACGUUGCCAAGGGUGGUGUUGCUCUUUGCCUAUCGCCUCUCGGUCGACGUAACGGUGAGGCUCUUAUUCGUUUUGUAUCACAAGAGCAUCGCGACAUGGCACUAAAGCGUCACAAACAUCAUAUUGGCAGCCGAUACAUUGAGGUUUAUCGAGCUACUGGUGAAGAUUUCUUAGCCAUUGCUGGCGGAGCUUCUAAUGAAGCGCAGGCUUUCCUCUCUAAAGGAGCACAGGUCAUAAUACGCAUGCGAGGCCUACCAUAUGAUUGCACCGCCAAACAAGUAUUGGACUUUUUUACUACUGGUGAGGACCCUUGUACUGUUCUUGAUGGUGUAGAAGGAGUGCUUUUUGUCAAAAAACCAGAUGGCCGAGCGACUGGUGACGCCUUCGUGCUAUUUGCUAUUGAGUCGGAUGCGCCUAAGGCGCUUUCUCGCCAUCGCGAAUCAAUUGGUCAGCGUUAUAUAGAACUAUUUCGCUCGACAACAGCAGAAGUGCAGCAGGUUUUAAAUCGUUCCAUGGACCCAAGGACUUACGAAGCCAACCAUCAACAGCCACUUAUUGCCCAAUUGCCAUCAAUGCCGUUAUCGCUGUUACCUCAGCACUUAAUUACUUCAGGAACCACAAAGAACUGUAUUCGUCUACGUGGCCUACCUUAUGAGGCUCUAGUCGAGCACAUUUUACAUUUUUUGGAUGAUUUUGCAAAGCAUAUUAUAUUCCAAGGAGUACACAUGGUUAUCAAUGCCCAAGGUCAACCGAGUGGUGAGGCUUUCAUUCAAAUGGACUCAGAGGAGUCCGCGCGCUUGUGUGCCCAACGCAAGCAUAACCAGUUUAUGAUGUUUGGUAAAAAGUACCGCUAUAUUGAAGUGUUCCAAUGCUCUGGCGAUGAUAUGAACAUGGUCCUGAAUGGCGGUCUACAAUCCCCCAUUUCCGCAACACCGCAUCCUCAUCUUUCAGCUGCAGCUAAACAGUCAUCGCUGCUUUCACCGGGUGCACCUGUGUUGAGCCCACCAUUUGGGCCUUUUCCACCGUUUGGAUCACCAACAGCUUUACUUACGUCACCUCAUUCACAUCGUCCGUUGCCAAAUCAUCAUCACCAGCAGCCAACGCCUCAGCCGACAUUUUUUCCGCCACCUUUUCUCUAUUGGCCAUAUCCUAGUCCGCCAGUGUCGCCAAACGCAUAUUAUGGACAACCACCGACUCAUACGACCACAUCAUUAGCUGGAAAUAUUACUCCAACUCAGCAUCAAGCUAUGUAUCCUCUAGAUUUUUUGCCUACGGUCCAAACAUCAGCGCUUAGUCCUCAGAGUAUAACAAUACCUUCGUCAACUACAUUUAUUCCGUCAAAAAAAUUUUCCACAAUACCUCCGCCGGUGGUCCCAAUUACGAAUGGAGUUACAGGUGGCAAUGUAGGAAGUAGAAAGGAUGUUGGUGGCUUGUCGCAAUAUCAUGCCAAAAUGACCCUGCCACUUACUAUAACUCAACAGCAAACAGGUGUAUACCACUAUAGCGCUCCGCCCUCAAUGACUGCAUCUCCACAGCCCGCAUUGGUGUCGUUGCCUACAACAGCUGCAGCCGCGCCACAUUUGACUCUAACACGACCGGCGACAUUAAGUGCCCUGCCGAAUGUAUCGACAGGAUUAGUUUUACCUACUACAACACUACUUACCGUCGAUACCACUCACAAUGAUCGAGCAUCCUCACUGAAGAUGACAACAUCUUCCGCUAAACACGCUGGCAAAAUCUCUUUUGUCCGAGAUGUGACUGCCAGUAAUGUAGAAAUAGUAUCGAACUCUUGCAUGGAACUUUAUAUCGCUUGAUGCAUUUCGGUGGAAAAUUUACGGUUUCACUAUUGUAAACCACAGUCGAGGAGGGUUUAACGAGAAUUUCGAGCACAAAUUGAGGUCUUUGCAACUAAAAUGAGAUUUGUCAAAAUUAGUUGAGACUUAAAAGGCCUGGUUGCGUUACCUUUCUACUUGAAUGAAAUAAUUUGUUUAAUGUGGGAUCACUUGCAAAAUUCAUAAUUCUUGCCAGUUUAGAACAAUUUUUUAACUACGUUAGAACGAUAGAUAAGGAAUUCAAUAAAAACGUACAAAACUCUUAUACAUAGUAAGGAAUACCCACAAACUGGUCAAAACCCACUUUAAUUGGAUUUUCAGUUCCAAAAUAAAAGAAUCUCGAAUUUGUAUUCCUUUAGGCUAAAGUAAAAAUUUCAAGUUACAGAUUUUUUUUAAAUUACUUAUACUAAAAUAUGUAAAAUUUUAACUUUAAUUUCUGAUAACGCUCUUGUCGACAACUUCCCAAGGAACAUCACUUUAUGUCACACACAGGCACGUAAAUUUAAUUGAAAAAAAGCUGUCUACGAUUCCCCAAGUGUUACAAAGUAGUUAUAAUCGCUGCAAUAGCUAACAUGUCUCUUACGAAUGCAACUGCGUUCUGCUCCUCCCUUGGAUUACUAUCCAACUAUUGCUCUAGUUUUUGUCAAUUUAUUCAACGAUUCUAGUAUUCACAAUGGUAAAACUAAGAAAUGGCGAAUCGAAAACAGCUACUAUAAAACAUAUAUUUAAAACAAUUGCAUAUACGUUAUUAGCAGUAAAAUUUCAAUAAAAGCUACAUAUGUACAUAUGUACAACUAUAAGUAAGACAUGUGAAUAUUUGGAGAUAAUAUUAAAACAAAAUGGUGACUAAAUUUGUUAGAGCUGUUCAAUACUUGUGGGUUUCGUCGACAGGACUUCACAGUGGCUGUAGUCAGGUGUUCUCGGAAAUGAUUCAGAAAUAGUGAUAUUGUUCAAGUGCAAAUGCUUCCUCUUACUCUAGAAGUUUGGAAUGAUGUUGUCAUAAUCUUUAGAAGGAUAAUUUUAAAUCUUCGGACAGAUAUAUGAUUCUUUGUGAAAGACGAGUGUAAAAAGUUUUUAUCCCCUUUAUACCAGAUGUUAAUGUGGAAUGUGAAUGAGCUUUGUUAUCGGAACUGAUGUAAAAUAUUGCAAGGAACAACUACGAAUUUUUAAUAAUAACCAGUGUGCAAUAAUAAAGUUUGAUAAACUGACUUAUUAUCACAUAAAUAUGAAUGAUUUUAUUAAAUAAAAAGGGUGUCUCAAAAUUAAGGCAAUAUUGGAAUUAAAUUUAGGGUGUCACAAAAUUUACGCAAGAUUUCAAUUUGCCGCCAUUUACAAAUCGGUAGCUGACACUCUAAGUUUAAUAAAAUGUUGUGUUAUACAUUAGAACAACGCGUCUGUAUUAUUGAACAAUAUUUCAAUAGUAAUGAAAGCUUGGGCGCACUUCGAAAAUUGCAUACAAAAUAUAGUCCAAAUAUGUUUCACUUGCGGUAACUUUAAAGAUUAAAUGAAAUGACAUUGAAUUUGAACCUUCCAUUAAUUUUGGGACACCACGUACAAGGGUUCGAUAAAAAAAAUAUUGAGAGUCAAAAUGAAUAAGUUUCUGUUGUCUCAAAAAUAUUUCAAACUACGAAUUUUAAGAGUAUCGUUUAGAAAAAUACUUAUUAAUGAAACAAAUUUUAACUAGUCAAUAGUAAAAAUAUUUUAUUGUUUUCGCUUAAUUUAUAAUCUAAUUGUUUUAAACAUUUGCAAUCAUUAGAGAGAGGCACAAAAAUCGUUUGAUCUGCAGGGCAGCAAUCAGAUUUCUCAAAUGCAAGCAACACGUACAUAUGUUACGAGUACAUAUGUAUGUAUGUAUAUCGAGUAUAUAUAAAUGCCUUUAUAUUUAAAUAGUUCUAAGUAAUUGUUAUAUAUCAGUUUACACGUGAUUAUUACAAAACGUUAAAGUAAAACUGUAAGCAAUACGAGUAAUAAAAAAUAUUGAAGCCAACAAUAA